AUGGUCAUGUACGAGCAGACCAAUCCCCAUGAUCGUUUCGGCAAGGUGAUGGUGCACAACCUUGCAGAGCGUGGCUGUCCAUUGCUGUCGGUCUUCGAUUAUCCCUCAAUGGACGCGCAGAAGUUGCGCUUCUUGGACAGGGGUUGGGGUUGUUGCACGAUUUCUGACAUGAACGAAGUCUACAGCCGUCACCUCGAUCAGAAGGAGGUCGAGAGGAUUCACAAGAUCGAGCUGAUGGAUGAGUUCGAAGAGUGGCACCUUAUCCAGGGGCAAGCCUGGCUGGUUUGCAAAUUGGUCGAAGGAAAGUUGGUGCAAGAUACUGUCAUGGGCAGCGUAAUGUAG